AUGAUUGCUACCAAAACCACUGCACGUGACACUUGGUUGGCGCUUGAAACCCGUUUCGCUUCUCCGAAUCAAAAUCGUCUUCUUCAGCUUCGUAGCGAUUUGCUUCGCACGACCUGUGGUGAUUCUUCCAUCACUGAUUUUCUGGAUCGUAUUCACUCUAUUACAGAUAACUUGGCAUUGGCAGGUGCUCCCGUUCAUGACUCUGAUCUUCUAGCUGUGGUUAUGAAUAAUGUUGGUCCGCUUUAUGAGAAUACGAUUGCUACCGCUCAAGCUCGUGAGAAACCCAUCAGCAUGCCUGACCUUGAAGCCCUUCUCUUAUCGCUGAACAACGUCUUCAAGCUUCUUCUUCUCCGGCUAUCUUUUCCGGUGCGACAACCAUGGUUGCUUUAUGUGGUGGUCGCGGUGGUCAGGCUUUUGGUGAUCGCGGUGGCUUUGCCAGCCAUGCUUCGGAUCGUCGGAACUUGCUCUUUUUGCCCCCCGUUUUGGUUCUUCUCUGAACUUUGGGUCUUACGGCUUCUCCCAAUCCUCUUCUUCACAUCCGCAUCAUCCCCACAAUUUUGGUCAAGGUGUUCUUGGGCCUCCUCCUUUGGGCCCUCCUCACUUCUCUUUUGGGCUACUUCCAUGCCUACUCCUCCUACUCGUCUUCAAGGCAUGACUGCUCACCAUAUGUCCCAUGGUGGCGCAUAA